ACUUAAACAUCAAAUGAGACAUCUUAAUAAACAUAGGUUAUGUUAGCAUAAACUGCACUUACCCUCUUCUCCAGUGCCUGAUGGCUCACUAAUUGGGCCAUACGAGGAGCGCAUGCAGGGAGGCUGGUACACUGAUGCAGAUCACAUGAUCACGUCUUCUCUCUCCAAAGAGUCUCUCAAUACUUUAUAUUUGCAUAUAAGUCUUGAUCCGUAUAACUGCUUCCACGCGGGUGAUCAAAACGGAAGGAAACACAGGAUGUUAUGAAGAGCUGAGACGCAGAAGGCGACGACACGGACCGCAGCAGGUUAGAAAGCUGAUGUGAUCAGGAAGCUGCACCUCUGAGACAAACUAACGAACUUUGAAAACCGACAAACUUGGCCAUUUCAUGGAUAUGGACAUCUCAACAGUGGUUUCUGGUUCACCAUAUGUGGAUAAACUACACCAACAUCAUCCAAUGGCAGAACAACCAAAGACCGAGUGGGAGAGUGCACUCUGUGACUGCUUUGAGGACACAAGUUCUUGUUGCUAUGGAUUCUGGUGCUGCCCUUGUCUUGCCUGCACGGUUUCAGAAAGAUUUGGAGAGAACCGCUGUCUCCCAUUUUGUGACAUAUGCUGCCCUUUCAUAACAGCAUCUACUUGGGGGGUACCUCUUACUGUACCUCCUGCAGUCCUGUCUCUGAGGGUUGCCAUGAGAAACAGAUAUGGUAUCAAGGGUUCUGUCUGUAACGACAUUCUAGCUUCCUGUUUCUGUGGGUGGUGCGCCUGGUGUCAGAUGCAUCGUGAGUUAAAACAUCGCAAAAAAACUCCCAGUGUCAUCACUGUACAAAGCCAAACUGUUGUACAAAUGCAACCUGCUCCAGAGAUGAUGGCUCCUGGAUACCCACCCCAGUCUGGGAUGAUGGUUCCUGGAUACCCACCCCAGUCUGGGAUGAUGGCUCCUGGAUACCCACCCCAGUCUGGGAUGAUGGCUCCUGGAUACCCACCCCAGUCUGGGAUGAUGGCUCCUGGAUACCCACCCCAGUCUGGGAUGAUGCCUCCUGGAUACACACCCCAGUCUGGGAUGAUGGCUCCUGGAUACCCACCCCAGUCUGGGAUGAUGGAUCCUGGAUACCCACCCCAGUCUGUGAUGAUGGAUCCUGGAAACCCACCCCAGUCUGGUUUCAAGGGCGAAUCAGAAGCACCCCUGAUGUCACACUGAACCCUCUGGCUUCUCAUUGGAAAUAUGUUUCAGUUCAGAUCACGCUGUUGUUCAUUUUGUUACACUAAAAACAGAAUUUAAGUGUAUGUUAAGUGAAAACCAAGAAUGUGAUCACUUGUAUUCCCUUUUCAUCAGAGUAUACUCAUUAAGUUUCAGUUUCUUGAUAAUUAUGAUGAUUAUUAUUAUUAUUCCAAAAUUCUGGAAAUUUGGUCCUCAGUUAUUUUCAGCCACCACAGGCCUCCACUCAAGUAUAAAGAAGACUCUUGUAGUCCUUUCAAAUCUUUUUGUCUCUGCGACCAUUUUCUUUGUUAAUAUAAAGCAAGCGUUGGCAAGUUGUUAGAUAAUACCUGUUACUUAGUGUUGUGCUUGACCUAAGAGACUUCAUCUAAUUGCAUGUUUUUCAGUAAAUUUGUAGCAAAAUAUCUGUAUUGAAAAAAGUUGUAUUGGCAUGCAAACAAGUUCCACUGAAAAUAAAUAUUUUGUUUUGCGUA